GUUUGAGUGGCGAAAAUAGUAUUGGUCGAACUUUGGUAGUCAAAACAGUGGGUGACUACCAGCGGGCAGCAGAUGAUGAUAAUGAUGAUGAUGAGGGAGACCAAGAAAAUAUGUUCCAGGUUAGCUCACAAUUUUUUGCUCUCAGAGACAAAAACAACAGCAACAAACCAACAUCCCUAGCUAGCUAGCUACUACUACUACUAGUAACAAGAUGAUCCCCACAAUGAUUCUCAUCCCCUGCGAUUCCUGCUCUUCGCAUGUGACCACACUCAAAAGCCAACAGUGCAACCAGCAACCAGAAGACUGCCGCAAUGCUCGGUGGGAAUGCCAAGACACAACCGAGAAUGUGCCUGCUUGCCCCAUGCGCAGAGGCUCUAUGCUUCCUCCCAUGAAAAAGCCCACCAUGGAGGCUCCAUUGUCACUCCCCGGACCUCCCAUUACGGAAUUGGUGCGAUCCUCCAGUACCGGAAGCUACGACUCUUUGCCUCGCCGCCCCCUUCGCCAAGGCAGCUACCGUUCCAAGUCGCGAUGGUCUUCGGCUAUCUAGUCUAAUGCAUCAAAGAUGCAAGCAAGAAUGGCUAUGUGAAGCUAUAUGUAAAUACACUACCUCCAAAUCAAAUCAAAUCAAAUCAUAACUUAGAACAACCAAUUAGAAUUCAAUCAUUCAAUAGCUAUCAGUCAUCAGUCU